AGAAAAAUAGCAAAAAUAAUUCACACAAAGUCCACAUUUGAUCCCUAUCCACACUCACGUCACGUGCACAGCGAAAUAGGAAAGGCGGCGAUGGGAUCAUCAGAGGAUUUUUCGGUGGUAGUAUUGGCAUCAGAUCUCGCCGUCGAUGCCCGACCUUUCCUUCUCCAUGAACAACAACAGCAGCAGCAAGAAGAAGAGAGUUGGCACGAUUGUUCUCAGUACCUCUCCCCCGACGAAGAUUUCUCCGACCUCGAACUAUUACAAUUCAUUACUCUCCAAGGCUCCGACAGAAACGGAAUUCGUAUUCUCCGCAUCGUCGGCAAGUACUAUCCCGCAACAGUUGUGAGUGCAGAGCGGCUGAAGAGGUAUGUCUUUCACAAAAUAUUUAGUGAGUUGCCAGAUGGGCCAUUUUGCAUUGUUUACAUGCACAGUACUGUUCAAAAGGAGGAUAAUUCUCCUGGGAUAACCAUAUUGAGGUGGAUUUAUGAAGAACUUCCAGCUGAUUUUAAGGACAGGCUUCAAACUAUGUACUUCAUCCACCCUGGGCUUCGUUCCCGGCUAGUCAUAGCUACUCUUGGCAGGUUUUUCUUGAGUGGAGGAUUAUAUUGGAAGAUCAAGUAUGUAAGCCGCCUUCAGUACCUUUGGGAUGAUAUAAAGAAAGGAGAGAUUGAGAUACCAGAAUUCGUACGAAAUCAUGAUGAUAUUUUGGAGAAUAGGCCACUCACUGAUUAUGGAAUUGAACCCGACCCCUUUCACUUGUCUGGGAUGCCUUCAGUUGCAUACUCAUUUGGAAAAUAUGAAGAGAGAUGGGCAGGAAGGGAUCAUGUCUCUAAGUAUGAAUAUAACUGAAACAUAUUAGGAGUGCCACUUUUGUACAGAAUAGCUAAGAUGUUAUAUAUUUGUAUUGCAUGCACUUAUCUGCAAGAUUCUCUAUCCGUUGAAUUAAAAACUUAACUGUAUGUGAGUACAUGUUUUACAUGUCAUGAAACAUUUAUUUAAGUACAUUAAUCUAUGAAAGUUCAGAAUGUAUGUUAUCAUU